GCGGGACGCCAAGACUCGGCCCCGGCACUCGACUCCUGCCCAGCCUCGUUCGUUUCUCCCUCGGCAUCGACAACAACAAUAGCAAAACAAUAGCAACAAUGGGGAAAGUUUCAGAGCUAGUCAAAUAUACGGGGCGGUCAACGCCCAGGAAUAGGCACGUGCAUUGGCUUCUCGCGGGAGCCGCUUUCUUGGCUCUCAUUGUGCUCACCGUUUUCCCCCAGCUCCGCCCCGGCUUGCUCAGUCCUAGCUUGACUUCCAGCUCGGCCGAUCCGUUUGUCUCUCACUUUGAGCAGUCGGGAGACAAUGGUUCGCCGUACGGCCAUUUUCCUGUGAAAGGCGACCCGUUCCGGUUCCUGCCUUGCACCCCGGCGACUCUGCCGCCACCACUGGAGGACAGCAACGCCGAACAAACCUGGGCUUCCCGAUUUGACCCCAACCCCGAUCACUGGAGCUGGGGCGCCGCUCGAGGGCGGGAGAAUGGCACCUCCGGAGACAAUCCGUACGCCGGACGCGGGAUUUUCCUGUGCGGCUAUCUCGACGUUCCGCUGGAUUACACCAACAGGUCGGACAGCCGAAUGGCCCGCCUGGCCGUGACCAAAUUCCAGGUCUCAGGCCUCGCUCGAGUGGGUGAGCCAGCCGACUCGCCAUCCGGCAAGAAGAGCGAGAGGACAAUUGUUAUCGAGCCCGGCGGACCUGGGGGGAGCGGGACUUCGUACGCAUGGCGUGCCGCCGAGAACAUCACGGCGCGCUUCAGCGACAGCACCUUUGACGUCCUGGGCUGGGACCCACGGGGAGUGAAUGCCUCGCUCCCCAGCAUCGCAUGCUUUCCCCACGACGCCAGCCGAGAUCGCUGGAGCCUCUUGUCUAACCUCCACUAUGCAGUAUCCGCGUCUCCUAGACAGCAGCUCGAAUUUGCCGACGCCAUGAACGCCGCUAUCAUGCGUGCUUGCUGGGAAGAGCAUGGAGACCUCGGCCGCUUUCUCGGCACGGGCCUGGUUGCCCGUGAUCUUGAACAGAUUCGGAUAGCGCUCGGGGAAGAUGAGCUGACGGGGUAUCUCGUCAGCUAUGGUACGGGCAUUGGGCAGACGUAUGCUGCGUUGUUUCCGGGGAGCGUCGGCCGCGUGAUUCUGGACGGCACCGAAUACGUCCGCGACCAUCGCCUGCGAGGCGGCUUUGGAUGGACCGCGCUGGAUAACGCUACGGACGCCUGGCGUGACGGUUUUCUAGGCGAGUGUGUCAACGCCGGACCCGAGUAUUGCGCGCUUGCGAGGCCGAAAGACGGUAAGCCGGUCACGCUGCCGGGUCUAUCGACCCGCAUGGACGCCCUAAUGGAGUCCCUCGCCGACCGCCCGAUCCCGGCAUAUCUCCCGACUAGCGGCCCGACCCUUGUCACCUAUUCUGCCAUUGUCGACAACAUUUACGGAGCGCUGUAUAACGCGAGAAGCUGGCCCGCAUUAGCUCGGCUUCUUUUUGAGUUGGAAGACGGCAACGCGACCCUGGCAGCCUCCGCUCUCGAAGCCUCGGCAUGGUUUUAUGACCCGGAGGCCCCCUGUUCGCCUGUUCCCGCCACAGGUUCGGAUAUAGAGCUGGGCACCCUGGUCAUCUGCGCGGAUUCAUAUGACGCUAAGGAGCCCGAUGACCUGGAUUGGUGGCUCUCGCUCUGGGGAAACAUGACGACCAAAUCCUGGAUCUCCGGCAAUUCAAGGUUCUAUACUGUCCUUCCUUGCCGACACUUUUUACAAUACUGGCCCGAACCGGUCGGUGUGUAUCGCGGCGACCUGAACCACACUCUCAAUCACCCCGUGCUGCUCAUCGCUGAGACGUACGACCCUGCCACUCCACUUCGGAAUGGGAGACGGCUGCUGCAGGAAAUGGGAAAGAACGCGCGCCUGAUCGUGCACCACGGGUACGGACACUCGUCGAGAGACACUUCGCAGUGCACCGAGAGGAUUGCGAGGGCCUACAUUCUCAACGGCACUCUGCCUGAUGAGCAAGAAACGGAGUGCUAUGCAGAUGAGAAACCAUACCUUUACGACGUUGAAAAGAAGGCGGCCGCGCUGGGCGUUGGCCAGGCCAAAGACCCCCUCGAGGUGUGGAAAGAGCACCUCGCGGAGCUCUCCUUUGUAAACCCGAGGUUAAAGCCUGUUGUGUAGUCAGAAAGUCUAAGUUAGGCGUACACUUUACGUGAAUUAUGCAGCAGAAUACAGGCACAAAGUGCUGCUGCAAAGAUGGGUUCUUUGACCAUCUUACCUGCUAUAUGAUAUCUGUAUCUUACACAAAAUCUGGAGAGUAACUAUGGUACGGUUUUGAUAAUCUACGCGCGUUCUGGAAUCUGCAAGCAUAUUGCACAGUCGC